AUGGGCAAGAAGGCAGCUGCCCCCGCUAGCAACCGGGACGACCGCCAGUCUUCAGAGUCAGGCGCCGACAACGACGACCACGACCACGACCACGAGAAUGACCACGACCACGACCACGACCAGGACCACGAACAGGAUCACAAUGGCAGCGACGAGGCAACACCUGUCAAACGGAAGCGCCUCACACAGGCAUGUGAUCCCUGUCGCAAGAAAAAGAUCAAGUGCGAUGGCAUCAAACCGAGUUGCGCCAAUUGCCUCAAACUGAACGGCAACUGCACCUAUCUCCCCAGCAUGAAGAAGCGUGGCCCCCGCCAAGGAUAUAUCGAGCUCUUGGAGAAGCGACUGGACAAGAUGGAGCAAUUGCUUCAACAUGGGCCUUCUGCGGUUGAUCCGGAGCUCCUCGACUCAAAGUCGCUUCUCAACUCGCACCUCCGUCCUGGCGCAAGACGAUCGUCGUCGCCUCCUGUUGAUGAGGCUGAAAGAGAACCGAGGAAACGACCCGAUCCGGAAGAACGCUACUUUGGAACAACCUCUGGAUACACCAAACAGCACACAGAGUACGACAAGCAGAACGAUCCGGGCAAUGACGUUAUUGGGCCCAAGUACAGUUCAGAGUCAACAUUUCCUCACAAGGAACGACCCAAGAAAUCGCUCUACGGCAUUAAGGACGAGGUCCCCCGGAAGGAGAUUCUCGAUCACCUUAUCGAGCUGUUCUUUGACUCGAUCUAUUUUCAGCUGCCCAUCAUCCACCCCGGAACGUUCAUGAAACAGUACAGGGAGGGUAAGGUCUCUCCCAACCUGCUGAACGCAAUGUGCGCUGCAGUGGCUCGGUUCUCGAAUCAUCCAGACGUUGUCACAACUCCCGCCUUCCUUGCAGGAGAGCCCUUUGCGACCAACAUUCGCGCUGUUCUGGUGGAUUCGAUCGACGUUCCGACUGUCUCAAACGUCCAGGCGCUACUUUUACUGUCGAUGUACGAGUACGGAGCAGCGAGAGGUCCUCGAGCAUGGAUGUUUGGUGGAAUGGCCGUUCGCCAGGCACAGGAGCUGGGGUUGAACCGGGAGGACAGCAGCCCGGUGUUUUAUCUGAAGGGAGACUGGGUAAUGCGAGAGACGAGGCGGAGGACGUUUUGGGCCUGCUUUAUACUGGACAUCAUGGCUUCUUCAUCUUCAGGACGGCCCAAGAUGAUGGACGAACGAGACUGUGAGGUAUUGCUGCCGAGUGAGGACCACGACUGGUAUGAGGAGCGCCCUGUUGUUACGGAGAUGCUGCAGGAAGAUCACGAUUCGUCGUCUGGGACUGAGCACGAUCCAUCUUCAAAGCCUGUUGAAGAGGAUUGGGAGAGCAAGGCAGCUGCUCGACAUCCUCAAUCAGCCAUGAACCCCUCUGACGAUACCAGCGCGGAGACGAAAUAUCAUGAGAACCCCGAUUCUGAGGCCAAGACAGACGAAUCCAACCCUCCCAAAGCCAAGAAGCAGGGGGACAGCCACGUCCUCAGCUCCUUCGCCUAUUUGGUCCGAAUCGUUGCAGUCCUUGCCAAGGUCUCUCAAUACGUCAACCGACCUCGAUCCAAAAAGUCGAUCCCUCCAAAUGAGCAAGGUUCCGAGUUCUCGCUGAUCGACAACGCCUUGACCGCCUGGCACAAGUCCAUUCCACCGCAUCUGGCCUACUCGCUAGAGAACGCAAAGAUGGUUAUGGACAAGGGGGAGGGCUGCAUUAUUGUCUUUAUGCAUGUCAUCUAUCACACGUCUGUGGUUCUUCUCCACCGACCUAUCCUUGCUUCAGACAAGUCGUCCCUGCCGCUUGAGACCACGUUUGUCGACAACUCUGUCGCUCGAUGCUCAGAUGCUGCUAGCAAGGUGUCGGAUGUGCUGGAGUUUGUUCAGUACUAUAAAUGCCCUCCUCGGAUCUUCAUCUCCGCCUUCUUUGCAUACCCGGUUUUCACCACCGCGACCAUUCAUAUCACAAACGCGUUCGCGUCAGAUGCUACAGUGGCAUCUAGGGCCCGCAGGAGUCUGAGCAUACAUGUCAAGAUCUUGCAGACAAUGAAGUCGUACUGGUCGAUGGCAGACAAGUUCUUCUAUAUCAUCCGCGAUUUGUACUCGAUUCAGUCCAAGAUCAGCUCUUCUGCGGCCGGCCUCGUCGUCCCCCAAGUGCCGAGCAGCAAAACCCAGGCUGCACCAUCGACAUCCACUACUAACAAUGCUAAUGGAUCGAAUGACGCUGCAGGAGCAAGUUCAGAGGCAGGAGUUGUGUCGAAGGAUGUGGGACCGGACGGAACCAUCAAGCUGGCGUCUAUCAGCUCGUUCUUGAAGAGCGACUCUGGGCUGAUUGCGUUGUGGAGACGAGCAACGGAGAUGCAAGUCCUGGAUGAGGCCAAUCAGGAACAGCGCCGACUGUCUGCGUCCGAGGAGACUGUUAAACGCCCUGUCACUCUGGAGAGGAAGAAGGAGAUUGACCCUCAGGACAAGGCCCUUCGGGAGCACCGCGAGAAGAUGAAUGCACUGGAGAUCCAGGAAAUCAACCAGGAGUUUGACCGACGCUGGAGAUCCAAGUUGGAGCCGCGAACCACACGAUGCCCUACAGCAAGUAUUAGGAGAUCCGGAGAGGGUGAAGCAGCCAAGCACGAGGCGGCGACAUUGGCCGAGAAACGCCACCAGGACGAAGACUCUGUCAACCCCAAGGCUACAAAGCAGACCAAGGUCUCCAAGUCGACCAAGACGAGUCGUUCAGCACCCGUGCAAAGGCCAACAGAGGACGACACUACGGCCGCAGCAAUUCAGAGCCCAAAGGAGUCCAUCUCAUCCCCGUCGACUUCGAGUACCGGAGGCAGUGAUCAGCUAGUCCAAAGCCCGACCACCUAUCGUCACUCUGUUCUUCAGCAGCCCCAAGCACUCCAGCAACAUGACUCAUAUAUCCUGCAACCGAUGCGGAUCCAGCGCACAUCUGGCCCAGCGUCCGGGGCUACUGUUUCUGUGCCUGAAGUCGACGUGAACCGGCAUCUAUUGGGCUUGUUUGCGCAGCAACAUCAGCAGCAGGAGGCACUAUCCAAAUCACUCGACAUGCUCCAGAACGCCAACAUUCAGCGACAACAACAACUUCAGAUGCAACAACAACAGGCUGCUCAGAUGUCGUCUCUUGCAUUUGGAUCUCCAGGAGGAUAUCCCGGCUCGUUCUUGUCAGCACCGUUGAUGAACAACCAACAAAGCUUUUCUCAGCAAGCAGCUCCUUCGGCGCCCAUGUUUGGACUGCCGCUGGUGUAUGGAAGCAAUUUUGAGGAGAGCCAGGCUCAGAGGAUUCAAACCGAAUCGCUGGGAUCGCUUUUCGACUUUCCGUUUCCUCAGGAGGAUAUCUCGUUCUUGUCGAACUCGUUCCAAGUGCCGCCGAUGAUGAUGCAGGAGACGAUGGGAUUCACAAACACUAUCAAUGCCGGUGGGGUUGGAGGGUCGACAGGAGGUGGGGUGUCGGGUCCAGGACCUCACGGUAGAAGGAUGGCGCCCGAGACAGGAUCGGUAGCGGCAGCAGCAACGGCAGCAACGGCAGCGGCGGUGAGUAAUUUGAGUCCGGCCAUGUCGACAACAUCUUCAACCACGCCGCUGGGCCGGACAUUGGAUGCACAGAGCCCCCCAACAGAUUCAGGCAGUCUGUUUAACAUCUCUCCUGGUUUGCACUCGUUCCUGAUGGCGGAUGAAGCGUUCACAAGUGUGGACUCAACUCCCAACAACUUGAUUCGAUACCUGCAGCUGCAUCACCAACAGGAGUUACAACAGCAGGAAUUGCAGCAGCAGCAGGACAUGCAGCCGUUGCUGAACCAACAGAAUUCUUUGAUCUUUGACGACUACUAUCCCUGGAGUCAGUUAUCAACAUUACAGCAACAGCAGCAGCCACAGCCACAGCAACAACAGCCACAGCCACAACAGCAGCAGCAGUCUCCACUUGAUCGUCUUGGUCACAGUCGAAAUCAUAGCAACUAG